AUGGCCUUCGGUUGCGCGUGCAGCUGCCCGGCACAGCGUGGUGACUCCGUGGGUGAGGAGGUGGUUGACGAUAACAUGCAGAAAAUCAACGACGAGGCAGCACGGAUCUUGGCAGCUGAACGACAGGAGGUCGAGAUGUGGUGGAAGCUGCGCAGGGCACAGUCCCCAACUGAGAACGAGGCACAGGAGCUAUUCAUGACAAAGGAGGAAGCAGCUGUGAUGGAGUCUAUCCAGGCCGAACAGGUCCAAGUGCCGGAUACCCUUCCGCAAUCUGAAGAGGCCGUAGAGGCCGCAGAGGCACAGCUGGAGCAGGCAGUGCAAGACGAGCGUGACAAAGAGCGAAAAGACUCGGUUGCCAGCUUCCUGAAGAAGCACGGCUUCAAAGAUGUUGGACUGGCCAAGAAGUCCCUGCUGUCCGGAACGACUUAUCCGCUCCACAAAGCGUGCAAGCUCGGGGAUGCCAGGAUGGUGGCAUACCUGCUGGAAGCCGGAGCUUCCCUGGAACAGAAGGACUCCCACGGAAGGACUGCGGUAGACAUUGCCAAAGCGAGCCGCAACACCGCUGUGCUCAAGGAGUUGGGUUGUGAGACAAGCGCUGCACGAGGAGGUGGGGCCGGAAGCGGCGAGUGGCGUUUUCCCGCGCGCGAGGUCCAGGCUAGGCCGGGGCCGCGCCAGUCGGACGAGAGGGAAAGCAUCCGUGCUCGACACGAGCGACGGGUUCGCGGCUACGGUGCUUCGCCUGUCAUUCUCCGAAGGCGCAAGGACGAGGUAGCCAAGGUGGUUGCGUCGGACGGGCGAAUUCGUCUUCGUGGUGUUGCGUCUGUUAGCGACGUGACGCGGUACUGCAAGGACAUUGAUCCCUACAGCCGCAAGAACUGGGCAGUGCGAGAGGCCUUUAAAUCCAUGCGGACGGAAGAACAGAAGCGAAUGGCCACGCAGACUUGGAGUGCCCUGAAAAACUGGCGCUCCUCGGAGAAGCCGCUCGAAGAGUGGUAUGCUGAAGUGCGCUGCAGGCAGCCUGCUCUGGGAGAUGGAAGAAGUGAACUGAACUGA